UUAAGAUGAAGUUUGCCAGAACAAAAGCAAGCAAUAAUGAAGACUCACUGGUAUCUCUCAAGGUAGGGUUCAUGUCAUAACUUUUGUAGAGAUAUAGGAGUCAUUCUUUCAAGUUCAACAGGAAAGAUGAGAUUGAGGAAAUAUAGAUUCCUCAACGGAAUCUAAAAGUUCUCAUGUAGAUUGAACGGAGAAGGAAGCUGAAUGGUUUAUCAUGAAACUUCCUAAGAUGCUAUUCCAGUUCUGGGAAGCAGAUAAGAGGUUCAAAAAACUAGAAGCCCAACUCCCACAAAAAGAGAUAGACCAGCUCAAUAGGUCUGCAGUUGAGUACCUCAAGAAGUCUGCAAUCAUGCUGAUGUUCCUAAGUAUAUUACUCACCAUAUUCAAAUCACUCAAGCCGUCAAGGACGCAGCAAGAUCAUGAGCAUUUGGUUGCUACUUUCGUAUAUUUCAUAUUUUCCUCGACUUCAAUAUAUUUCAUAUCCAAGCAUCCCUCUUAUGUGCAGGUUUAUCUUGGCUUCAUCAACUGUACUGCUUUCAUUAUGGUGCAUGUUUCCUACGUCUCAGACUAUGUAGGACACCAGAAUUGAUAUCUUUCAUGCUCCUAUUGCUCCUUUUAUUUCAUGACUGCUCUGUCUCCAUCUAAAAGGCGGUUGAACUCUAUUGUGUUUGCUCUAACAACAGUGCUCAACCUGUAUUUGACUUGGAGAAAGAUUGGAGAACUUGACAAUGACAUCUUGCUUGCAGCAAUUAUUUCAGUGAGUUAUUACAACUUUGGAGCUCAUAUUGAACAGUCAAGACUAGCUGAUAUGUAUUUAAUUAUCUUGAAGAACAAUAAGUUGGUCAAAGAGAAAGCGAAAAUGAUGCAAGAAUUUCCUCAUCCAGUACUUAUACUACCUCAGAGAAUCUCUGAUAAGUCUAAGUGAUAUCCAAACAACCAGUUCGAAGCUUCAAUAAAGACUCUGAACCGCAAGAUUCAGAGACUUGAACAAGUAAAAGUCACUUUAAAGACAGAUAAAACCAUGAAUAAUCAAAGUGAACACUGAGAUUUGUUACAGUUUCUUACUGAGAAUCCUCAUUGAUACAAGACUAAUGGCCAGAACUUUAGGAAACAUGCAAUUAUUGAUUGAGACAAGUCUGCUGACAACAUCCCAGUCAAACGCUCAAAUAUGCUGGAUGAAAUUUUCGAUGAAGAGAACCGCUUCAGAAGAAACUUCGAAAUCAAAUCUCUCAAGAUGGAGUGGAAAGGCAAACCUUCUAUCAUGCAUGUCUUCAUCGACACAACUGACAUCAUCAACCUCGAAAAAGCCAAGAACCGAAUCAAGAUGCAGAGAGUGAUGUUUGCGAGUGCAAGUCAUGAGUUCAGAACUCCUCUCAAUGCAAUCAUCAACUCGUACAAGAUCAUCAAAACAAGCUUCGACGAGCACAUCAAGGCCCUGCAUGGCAAAGUCCCAAGAGAUGUGCUUGAAAGCAACGAAGUGUGCGCCCACAUCGACAACAUCUUGAGGUUCAUCAAGACAGGCAGCAUUUCUUCUGUGCUCAUGAUGGCACUUGUCGAAGAUAUCCUGAGCUUGUCUAGGAUCGACAACGGGACUUUCACCACCAACUAUUCGUACUUCAACGUGUAUGCUUUACUGCUCGAAAUCUGUACUCUGUUCGAGACUCAGUGUCAGAGCAGAGGUGUGGCUCUGCUCAUCGAGUGUGACGACCAAGUGCAGUUCUGUGAAGUCAACACAGACAGAAACAGAGUCCGCCAAGUGCUUCUGAACUUGGUCUCGAACUCGGUCAAACUCACAUUCAAAGGCUCAAUCACUCUCAAAGCUAAGAUGGUGAAAGAUUUCGGAGGCCAGAGCUUUGUGGAGUUCAGAGUUCAUGACACUGGACCAGGUAUCAAGCAAGAAGACCAGGCAUGACUGUUCAAACUCUUCGGCGUGCUUGAAGACAAUGAGGGUCUCAAUCCUGAUGGGUGUGGUCUUGGACUCACAGUCAGCAAGAAAUAUGUGGAAGGGCUUGGAGGUGACAUCAAAGUAGAGUCUGUAUAUGGUGAAGGCACAGAAAUGAUUUUCACUGUAUUAUCUAGAGAUAUCAGAGCUCUUUCUGCAGGAGCUAAAAAAGGCAUAUUUGAUCUUCUCAAAUCUGCUAAAGACCUUAUAGGAAAUUGAGAUUUAUCAGAAUACUUGAUAAACCAAGAACAUAUGCCAGAGAAGUCAGAAAUUAACGAGUGCAAGUUGUUCAAAAAUAAUGAGUCAAAGUUUUAA